AUGUCUUUAGAAUCUGAACAAGUUGAACAACCUCAAGUCCUAGAAACUCAAGAAGUUCAAGAAAUUUCAUCUUCUGUUGCUUCCACAAAUGAUAGUGCUGUUACUACUGCAGAUGAAACUAACCCAACUGAAGUUAGUGAACAAGAAUCUUCUGUUACUCCCAAACCACUUCCAUCCUUAAAAGAUCUGCCAUCCUUAGUAUCUAAGGAUGCAUUCCCAAGAUCCAAAGUUAAUUGGGGUCCAAACAUGAAACCUGUUCCAUUUUCUUCUAUAUCUUCUAGUGCUAAUUCUUCUUCCACCUCUAUUUCUAGUAUCAAGCGCAUGAAGUCUAAGACUAUUCAAGAAUCUUUCACUUUAGAUUUAGAAUCCCAAAUCUCUAUCAGUAAACCCGAAUUAUCUAAAAUGGUUUUAGCUUUAAAACAAAACUUAGAUGUCUCUAUCGAAUCCACUUUAUCUAAGAAUUCAAGAACUUUCCUUAUCUCCGGUAAUCCAACUAAUGUACGUGCUGCCAAAAGAGAGCUAGUUAAGAAGCUUACUAGACCAAUUCAAACCAUUAUGGAAGUUCCAUCCAAAUGUAAGGCUGCCAUCAUUGGUUCAGGUGGUAAGACUAUUAUGGAAAUCUCUAAGGAAUUUGAUGUCAAGAUCAAAGUGGCCAAGGAUUAUAAUGAAGGUUCCUUUGAUGAAGACUUAGACGACUACACAUCCAAUGUUACUCUUUUCGGUGAUUUUGAAUCUGUCAACCAAGCAAAGGAAAGAAUUUCUGAAAUUGUUAAGGAAGAGACCAAGAAUGCUACCAUUAGAAUCAAUGUUUCUGACCCAUUAUUGGUUCCUUUUAUCAAGGUUGCUGAUAUCAAUGGCAUCCCUGAAUCAUUAAAAGUUCAAUUCUUUCCAUCAUCUGGUGAAAUUGUUGUUUCAGGUUUACGUGAACAAGCUCAAGAUUCUAAAAUUGCUAUUCAAAAUUAUAUUGAUAGAUUAUCUUUGGAAUUAACUGAACAAAAAGUCAAGAUUCCAAACAAAUUCCAAUUCUUGAUUAACGCUGAUGAAAUCAAAGAAAAAUACAAUGUCAUGGUUACUUUCCCAACUGAUAUUAAAGACGAGUUUGUCUCCUUUUCUGGUGAGGAAAAUAAAGUCAAAGAUGCUAUAGAUUAUGCCAGAAAUUCUUCCAAAACCUUCAUUGUAGAUACCUUAGAUAUUUCCAAGGCUCAUUCUAAAAACAUUGAACAUGCAAGAAUUUUAGUAUUAUACUUUACUAAAUACCCUGUCUUAGAAAAGAUUAAAAAGGACAAUCCAACAGUCACCAUCACAUUACCUACCCCAAAGGAGUUGAUUGCUGAUGAUGCUAUUGUUAACAUCAAGAUCAGUGCUAAAUCAGAUAAUUCUGACGCUAUUAAGGUCGUUCGUAAAGAAUUAAUUUCUUUAGUCAACUCGAUUACUCCUGAAGACACCUUAGUCAUCAACGACCUAGAUUAUGAACUGUUCCAUAAAUCCAUUAAGCAUACUUUAUUGAGUACUGAAAAUGAUUAUCCAUUCAUCCAAAUUGGUGAUUAUUACCCAGGAAAUGAUACUAUUGUUAUUAUUGCAACCUCUUCAUAUGAUGACUUCAAACCAUCUUCCGAAGAAAUCAAAUCCAACUUAGAAAACAUUUCUGCUUCUUUGGAUCCAUUACGUGCUACAUUUGAAAAUAUGACUACAAAAGUCUUUGAAAUUGAUUCUUCUACACAAAAUACUUUCUUCUCCAAAGAUACAGUCACUCUUGCAUUGAUCUUAAACCAUAUUGGUAAAGAUCAGGGCCACGUCCAAUUCAAAUUAAAUACACCAUCUGAAAACGAAUUAACUAUUAGAGGUGAUGAAUUUGCUAUCAAAACAGUUGCUAAAAUAGUAAAAAAUAUUGUGGAUAAUCCAUCUACAAAAAGCAAACUUUCAUUUGAAAUUCCAUCUAAUUCUGUUUCCAGACUAAUUGGUAAUAAGGGAUCUAACCUUCAAGCUACCAAAGCAAAAUUUGAUUGCCAAAUUGAUGUGGGUGAACAAACCGAUGAUAAAGCUCCGGUCGAAGUCACAUUAACUGGUUUAGAGUUUAACUUGACUUGUGCUAAGGAAUUUAUUCUGGCUGAAACUAAAAAAUGGGCUGACAUCAUUACCAAAGAACUAAUUGUUCCUUUGAAACUUCACCGUAACUUGAUUGGUCCAAAUGGUUCUUACCGUACUAGAUUACAAGAUAAAUACAACGUUUUCAUCCACUUCCCAAGAGACAAUGAAGUCGUCACUAUCAGAGGUCCUUCACGUGGUGUGAAAAAGACUUACGAAGAAUUAAGCUCCUUACUUGAUUUCGAAAGAGAAAACAGUAAUAAAAUCGUUAUUAAAGUUCCAAGUGAACAUGUUCCAAGAGUUAUUGGUAAGAAUGGUGAUGUAAUCAAUGAUAUCAGAGCUGAAUUCGGUGUCGAAAUGGACUUCUUACAGAAGGCUACCGAUGACGAAGUUAAGGAAUCUGGUGAAGUUGACUUAGAAAUAACUGGUACUAGAACUGCUAUCAAAGAAGCUGCUAACAAAGUUGAACAGAUAAUAAAGGAUGCCUCUGAUUAUACCAAAGAAACUAUUGAAAUUGAUCAUGCCUACCACAGAAACAUCGUUGGUACUGGUGGUCACGUUUUAAGAGAUAUUAUUUCCAAAGCUGGUGGCGAUAAUAUCAAAAAUAAGAAUAUUGAUAUUCCAAAUUCUGAUCAAGAAAGUAAUAUCAUUACAAUCCAAGGUCCAAAAUCAUUCGUUUCUAAAGUCAUCAAACAAAUUAAUAAAAUUGUCGAAGAUGCUAAAAAUAGUGAAACCAAAGAAAUCGAUGUGCCAAAGGAAAGACAAGGUGCUUUAAUCGGUCCAGGUGGUAUGAUCCGUCGUCAAUUAGAAAAUGAUUUCCAUAUUACCUUGCAUGUUCCAAACAAAGGUGAGACUGGUCCAGUGACUUUAACUGGGUUACCAGAAAAUAUUGAAAAGGCUGAAAGGAAGAUAUUUUCUGAAAUUUUAAAAGAAGAUUUUGAUUUGGAAAUAGAAGUUCCUGCCUCUAUUCACGAAUUUGUUUCUGAACGCGGUGCUUUUAUUCAUAAAUUAAGAAUGGAUGAGUUUGUCAGUGUUAAACAUGGUUCUGCUACUAGAAGAGCAAAUAAUUUAAACCGUCACGCUUUGAAUAUCCCAACUGACAAAGUUCGUCCUACAGAAGGGGAAAAUAUCAAAACUAAGGUAACAAUUCUUGAAGUUGGCCCUGCCACUGUCUCUGAAGAAGGUGUGAUUCCAUGGAAGUUAACAUAUGAACCAAUCGAUUUAUCUAGUAUUUUAACUGAUGAAAAUGAAGAACAAAAACCAGAAAAAAACACUGAUGAUGACGAUAAAAAACAGGCUGCAUUAGAUAAAGCUUCUGAAUUAAUUCAAGAAAGAAUCCAAUUAGCAUCUAAAGCUACUUAUGCUGGUUUUGUUUGGGUUGCUGAUACAAGAAAAUUCAACAAAGUUGUCGGUCCAGGUGGUUCUAACGUGAAAAAUAUUAGAUCCUCUACAGGUGUCUUAAUCAAUGUUCCAAGAAAAAAUGAUUCUGUAAAUGAUAUCAUCUAUAUCAGAGGUACCAAAGAAGGUGUUGAAAAAGCUACUGAAUUGGUUGUCAAAUCAUUGAAGAACUGA